GCAUGAGGAGCUGUCCGCGGUGCUGAAAACACACUCCCAGCGCGCGGCUGACAGAGACAUGAUCAGUUCGCUCACGAGCCUCGAAAGAAACUGAUUUCAAAGGCGUCACCAUGCCAUCGCUCCACAAGACCACCACCAUGGGCAAACCUUUGCCCAUCUGUUUGGCCAACCUCCUCUUAUUCCACCUCUACCUCAGUUCCUUCUGCGUUGGCGUUCAGGGGGCGUCCCUCAGAGAGCAUAGACUGAGAGGAAGUGAACCAGACGUCUACCAGGCUCCCAACGCCGACAUGCUCAAAGCUCUGGAGUACAUCCAAAACCUCCGUCAAAGAACCGGCAUGGACUCCCAGCAGCACAGCCCCUUCGCUGCAGGGUACGAUGCCAGCCACGCGGAUGAUUCUGAGAAGCUGCAAGCCAUGCUGAGGCUGGUUUCUAACCCUGCGCAGAGCGGCGAGGAACGGGAGGCAGAGGAGGAGGGGAGGGAGGACAAGAGUGAAGAGCUGCUCCAGGCUGUCCUCAGCACCCUCCAGCAAACAGAGAAGGCCUCAAGGCCGGCUUCACUUCACCCCAGCAUGCAGCAGAAGCAACAUGGCAUUAGGGCUCACAGGAAGCUGCCGCUUAUGUUUGAGGAUGAGGAAGAAGGUGAGGGCGAUGAGGAUGAAGAGAGGUCGGAUCUGGAGCACGAGAGCCCCUUUAAGCGCACCAAUGAGAACGUGGAGGAGAAGUAUACGCCCCAGAAUCUAGCAACCCUGCAGUCUGUGUUUGACGAACUGGACAAGCUUACAAGCUUCAAGCCCAUGCAUAAGCGUCAAGAGGAGGAUGAGGACGAUGGGGAGGAGGAGGAUGAGGAGGGGGAUGAUGAUAUGUUUAAUGUGAGGAACGUGGAUCUGGCAGAUUGGGGUCCACUGCAAGAACAGGAGGAGGAAACAGAGGAAAAGGAGGAGGGGCAAAGGGAAGACAAACACGAGGCAAACCGAGGGCUUGAUUAUGUGGACGAUGACGAUGUGGACGAUGACGAGGAGGAGGAAGAAGAUGAAAGCUACCCAGUCAAGAGGUCAAAAGAUCCUGAUGACGUUGCAAACCUGGUGGACUAUUACCUCCUGAAGGUGCUGGAGAAAACAGAGGAAGAGGAACAGAAACGAGAGAUAGAAGAGGAGGAGGAGAAGAGGAGAGCAGCUCAGACGCAGUACAGUGAAAACAUAGAUCCACGGGCCAUUUACCAACUCAUUCAGAUCUCCCAGAAAUACCAGAUCCCACCCGAGGACCUGGUGGACAUUUUCAAAACUGGGGAAAAAAAAGAAAAUGUACAAAAGAAUGAAUUAUUCAGAGCAGGAAGCAAGCACCCUCAGAUGUCCUUAAAGAAGACGCACAAGAUCCCUGAAGCGACAUUUUACAGCAGACACCAAAAGACCCCCGAGGAGCUGAGGACGGAGGAGAUAUUAAACAUCCUGGGGUUAGGGGGCGUGGGGGAUCAGAGACCCGUCAGGAAGCAGUACAAAAGUCCUCCAUCACGACUUCACACUCUGCCUGCGGGGCGUUCAGGGGAAUCCACUCCCACGCAGCAGCAGCGGCGUCUUCCUCCCAGCUCUUUAAAGGGCGAAUAUGACGACAGCGUGGACGAGGAUGAGCUCGCAGCGUAUUUGGCAGCUCAGAUGCUGGCGCAGUAUCAGAGCCCUGCGUACAGUAACAACAAGAAGCAGAGCCAGAAGCGUGACGAGGUGGGACAGAGCACGACGGGCUCGCUCGAGCAGGCCAUGCAGGAUUAUUUCACUCAGAUGGACUUUGAUAAAAGCUCAAAUGAAAAGAGACACACUGAGGACGAUGAGAGGGGAAGGGAAACGCAAACGGCGGCCUUUGACAACGAGGAGCUGAUGAGUUUGUUGAGCUUUCUGAACCCAGAGACAGAAGAGAGUGACGCCAACACCGCCCGAGGAAUUUAAAAGCAGGCUGUAGAUACAUAUACAUAGAUAUAAAUAAAUAUAUAUUGUUUUUUUGGUGAAGGGAGCGAGUGCAAAUAAAAGUAUUUUGAAGUAAAAACAUGCAGUCGAGUUUAGUUUUUCUGUAGUUUUACAAAAGUUCUUAUUUGUGAGCAGAGAUACGAGUGUGCAGACUUUCAAUUUCAUGCUUUUUUUUUUAAUGAAUCUGUUAGAAAACAGUACAUGUGACUCACCAGCCUUACAGUUUAACAACACACACACACACACAUGCACACCCACAAACACACACACACCCAUCAACACACCCACACGACCCAUAUCAGUGUUGGACCCCCUGAUUCACUUGUGUCUUUUUUGGUAACUCUUUCUUAAAUGUGGUCGUAUGUGACAUACCUGAGGUUAAUAAAGCAUUGACUUUAUUUUU